AUGGAUCAUAAUCCGCCCUCGCCCUACCUCGUCAACGUCCCCCGCGAUGACCCCUUCGGUGGAACAGACCCCAACGUUGCCUCACCCUGGCGUGCAGGGAUGAGUCCGGGCUCGUGGGCGCCACCCUCCGUCGGGCCCGAAUUCACCCCUUACGCGAUGCCGCCGCCGCAGUUCUACGAACCGUCGAUGCUUCAUGCCGCUCCUCCGACGCCGUCGUACGACUUUCCCAUGUCUGCCCCGCCCCCGAAGGUACCUAUUCCGCGCGCGUCGGCAUAUAGCACCCAUUCGCAGCGCCGCCGCUCCGCCCGCGCCUGUGAGCCGUGCCGCCAGCGCAAGAUCAAGUGCGAUGGGACCCGUCCGAGUUGCAAGCAGUGCGUCGAGAACCAGGUCAAGUGCUUCUACCUGGACGUCAAGCGGGUCCGCGAGCAGAAGGAGCUGGGCGCGCUGGCCAAGAAGGUCGAACGGUAUGAGAGGUUGCUGGAAGAGUUGGAGUCGGAUGUCGAUGAUGCUAAUGCCCGGCGGAUUCGACGGGCUUUGAGUGCAGACCCCGUCUCCGUCGACGACCCCACCUCCGAAUCGGAAAAAUCCGACUCCUCCAUCGGCUCCCUCGACGACAUCGACCUCGUCGACGAGGACCUCAACCGCAGCGAAAAGACCAUCGCCAUGGGCUUCUUCGGCAAAAACUCCGAAGUCUCCUGGAUGCAGAAGCUCGAAGACGAAGCCUCCCGCCGCAGCCAGGACGCCACCCCCUACAACGCCCACCCAGACCAGCAAGCCCCGGGCUCGCCCCACGAGCACACCCACCCCCACCACAAACCGGGCCCCUCCAUCGCGACAAUGAGCUACCACCUCGACGACCUCAGCAUCCCCUUCCUCGACCACGUCGACCCCCACGCCCUGCCUCCCAAACCCCUCGCCGACCGCCUCUUCGCCGCCUACAUCGACUCCGUCCACCCCGGCUUCAACGUCAUUCGCAAAUCCACCUUCCUCGCCCAGUACCGCCAGUUCUACCGCCGGCCGUCGAACCCCCCGCGCCGCUGGCUCGCCAUAUUGAAUAUGAUCUUCGCGAUCGGGUGUCGGUAUUGCUGCUUCACAGAUAGUGCGGAGGACCCUGACUGCGACGAUCUGGUUUAUUUGACGCGCGCCAGAAAGUUGAGUCUGGGGCAGAAUGUCCUGUUUGAACAUGCCGAUUUGCAGCAGAUACAGGUGGAGUUUUUGGCCGCGUUUUAUUUGGUCGUUAUGGGGCAGGUUAAUCGGGCUUUCAAAUUCUCUAGUGUCGCCUUCCGAUCCGCUCUCUCCCUAGGGAUCAACCUCCGUUUCGUUGACGACCGCACUCACCAUGCUGCCAAAGAAGCCCGUUCCCGCCUCUGGUGGUCCAUCUACCUACUAGAGCACCUCCUAACCACCAUGACCGGUCGAGUGUCCUGCGUCGGGGAAGACCUCAGUGCAACCCCCCUGCCCAUCCCCUUCGAGGAAGAAGACUUUGGGCGCGCCGAUGUGCAGCGGCUCUUCCACCACCCAGAGGAGCGCGCCCACCGCCUGAAGCUCACGCUCCUGCAGUCUGACGGGGAAGCCAAGGUCAGCGCAGAGUGGCUCGCGCAGUGCGACCCCAGCGCGUCGCUGUUCUUCCACUGCACGGUCGACCUCGCCACCAUCACGCAGGCCAUCGUCACCAAAAUAUACAGCAUCCACGGGCUGCGCGAGCGCUCCAGCAAAGUCGAGCGCCGCAUCCGCCGCUACAGCCACACGCUCGACCUCUGGCUCGCCAAGCUGCCCCCAGCCUACCGCUUCGACCCCGUCCCGCCGUCCUCAGAGUCCGCCACCACCCACCCCACCGUCGGCCACACGUCCGCCAACGAGCGGGAGCGCGUCUCCCUCGCCAUCAACUUCUACUCCUCCCGCCUGACGCUCUGCCGCCCCUGCCUCACACACACCACCUGGCGUCCGGGCCCGCAAGACUCCGGAAUCGAGCCUCCAGGACGACUGCCCUCGCGCGCCCAGCUCCGCUACGGCCUAGCGCGCACCUGCCUCCAGUCCGCCUGCAGCCUCAUCUCCAUCCUCCCCGACACGCCCGACAUGGAAUGGCUCGCGCGCACGACCCCCUGGUGGAGCAUCCUGCACUUCGUCAUGCAAGCCAUCACCGCGCUCCUCCUCGGCCUCAGCUGCUGGCCAUCCCACCGCGACGAGCUCUCCAUCCCGAGCCUGACGAAACACACCAAAAAGGCCUUCAUCUGGCUCCACGAGAUGGGCCGCACGACGGCUGCCGCGCGCCGCGCCUUCCUCCUCUGUGAUAGCUUUCUGAGACGCAUUGCGCCGAGUAUGGGCCUUGAUGUGGGGGAUUGGCCUGGGGCGGAGUCGUUGCCUGUGCAGCCUAUUGGUGGUGGUGGUGGUGGUGGUGGUGGUUAG